AUGACAUCGAUAUUUACUACUAAAACAAUUUAUGAAGAAUCACAAGACUCUGAAGCUGAUGCAAAUUCUCAACGUUUACCUUCAUCACCUGUUACUUAUCAACUUCGUGCAACACCUAAUUGGGUAAAAAAGCCGUAUCAUGAACGAAAUUUUUGGGAGCGUGUUGCUACACUUGAUCUUGCCAAUAAUAAAUGUUACACUGUACAACCACAAAAUCCAAAUCCACCACCAAAUAUUAAUGUUUGGCGUGAACGUAUCUGGUUAACUAUGAUGAUUGCACCACCAUUAAUAAUUCAAGCAUGUUGGUAUUAUAUUAUACCUGAAAAUAAUUUCUUUCAUACUUGGCAUCCAAUUGUAGCAUUUAUUUUUUAUACUGCAGCUUUAAUUAUUUUUACUAUUAACUCAAUUAAACGUCUUACAAAUUAUAUGAAUUUAUAUGGUACUUUUGAUGAACAUAACAGACCACGUGAUUAUGUUGAUGAUAAAGAUGUAUCUCGAUUAAUCCUAAGUGUUUUUAUUUAUAUAAUGAUACGUACUGCUGGUGGUUUAAUUCUCGGUGGAUAUAAUCGUUAUACUCCUCCAUCACUUGGUCAUACGAUUUCAUGGAAUUUUCCAAUUAAAAUUGGUCUUUGGUUUAUAGUAUUAGAUUUUUUCUUUUAUUCUUAUCAUCGUUCAGUUCAUACAUUUCCUUUUCUUUGGAAAAUUCAUCGUAAACAUCAUUCUACAAAACAUCCAACACCAAUUCAAGCAAUUCUUGCUGAUGAUUUACAAGAUAUUAUUGAAAUUAUUUUCAUUCCAUUAGGGGCAUCAUUAGUUAUGCCAUUAUCAGCACAUGAAUUGUGGAUAACUCAAUGUAUUCUUUUGUAUGUUGAAGGUGUGGGUCAUUGUGGUGCACGUGCUUAUUGGACUCAUCCAGUUGUUGGUGAAGUACUUCGACCAUUUAAAAUGGAAAUUACUAUUGAAGAUCAUGAUUUACAUCAUCGACAUGGAAAAAGUGGUAAAAAUUAUGGUAAACAAACAAGAAUAUUCGAUCAAAUUUUUAAUACAAUUUGUGAACGUAUUGAAUGCAUAGAAAAAUAG